UAUCAGUUUUGCAAAAAUGGAUGAAAUUUUACAAGACGUAACACAAAUAGAACCAUUACAUAUUCAAGAAUAUUACUAUCCCUAUCAACCUACAGAUGAUCCUAGGAUCAAAAUGAGAAUUAUUCAAAGAAAUUAUUGA